AUGGAGUCUAUAUUCACAAAGGAACAUAGCUGGUCGAUAAUAUCUUCAUUCUUUGAGCAAAAAGGGCUUGUUAGGCAGCAGCUAGAUUCCUUUGAUCAGUUUGUUAGAACAAAGAUGCAGGAAGUUAUCAAUGAGAAUCCGGCAAUAAUUGUCCAGUCUGCUCCCACUGCAGGAACUGAGAUUCAAAAAAGAAUAACAGUUAGAUUCGGGCAAAUAUAUGUUUCAAAGCCUCCUAUCUACACCGAAUCUGAUGGAAGGACGAUUACUGUGUUUCCCAAUGAGGCUCGUAUAAGAGACUUAACAUAUGCAUCUCCAUUAUUCAUCGAUGUCAUAAAGGAAACGGUGUCUGAGCUAGGGGUUGUUGACAAACAUAAGUAUUCAAGGGUUCCUUUUGGGUCAUUGCCGGUGAUGCUAAGAUCGUCAUACUGCGUCCUGCAUGGACUAGGGGACAAGGACCUUAUUGAUCUUGGAGAAUGCCCAUAUGACCAAGGGGGAUACUUUAUUGUGAAUGGGUCUGAGAAGGUUAUUGUUGCCCAAGAACGAAUGGCUAGCAAUACUGUUUACGUAUUCAAAAAGGCACAGCCUGCAACAUAUACGCAUUAUGCAGAAAUACGUUCUGUUCCGGAAAAAAGCUCUAGAAACCCAAGCACUUUAUCUAUGAAGCUAUGUAGAUCUCCCGGGGCGAUAAGGGUUUCUCUGCCAUUGGUUAAGCAAGACAUUCCUCUCUUUGUUCUGUAUAGAGCACUAGGGUUUUUAUCUGAUAAAGAGAUCAUCGACCAUAUUCUUUAUGAAGAUGAUGAUGAGAUGUUUGAGCUUUUGAAGGAAAGUAUUGAGGAAGGGACGGUUGUCCAGGAUCAAAAUGUAGCAUUGGAUUAUAUAGGAAAGAGGUCUGCACCUGUAGGAACACCACAAGAAAAAAGGAUAACAAUUGCAAGAGACCUAUUAGCAAAAGAGGUUCUUCCUCAUAUUGGAACCCAAGAAUUUUGUGAAACUAAGAAGGCAUAUUUCAUUGGAUACAUUGUCCAAAGAUUAUUACUUGUGGCAUUAGGAAGAAGAAAUCCCGAUGACAGAGAUCAUUACGGAAAGAAGAGGAUGGACCUAAGUGGUCCAUUGCUUGCAUCUUUAUUCAGGACCUUAUUUAAAAAGUUAUGUGCAGAUACAACAAGGCAUAUGCAAAAGUGUAUAGAGAAUGGCCGGGAGUUUAACAUAGCUCUCGGAUUGAAAGCAAGCAUAAUCACGCAAGGAUUCCGAUAUGCUCUGGCAACGGGAAAUUGGGGAGAUCAGGCAAAAGCCAUGCAGACCAGAGCUGGGGUUGCUCAAGUUCUAAACAGAUACAAUUUUGUCUCAACACUCAGUCAUUUGAGGAGAGUCAAUACACCAAUUGAAAAGGAGGGAAAAUUGGCAGCACCCCGUCAACUUCAUAAUACACAUUGGGGUAUGGUUUGCCCUGCUGAGACGCCGGAAGGGCAAGCAUGUGGACUUGUGAAAAAUUUAUCUCUAAUGGCAUACAUUUCUGUUGGAUCAUCCUCAGGGCCGUUAAUAGAGUUUCUGGAAGAAUGCGGAGUUGAGUCACUUGAGGAAAUAUCUACUCUACAGCUCAGCACAGCAACCAAGGUCUUUGUCAACGGUGUAUGGGUUGGAAUUCACUCUGACCCUGUGUAUCUGAUAAAAUCACUUAAGCUGUUGAGACGAAGCCUUGAAAUAGACAAAGAGGUCAGUAUUGUCAGAGACAUUAGAGAAAAGGAAAUCAGAAUACAGUCUGAUGCAGGAAGGCCUUGCAGGCCCUUAAUGGUCGUUAGGGACAAUAAGCUUGUAAUCACAAUAGAAGAUAUCAGGAAACUAAGAAGAGGAGAAAUUAAAUGGGACAACCUGAUUGGAGAAGGAUUUAUUGAGUUUCUGGAUGUUGAGGAGGAAGAAAUGUCCAUGAUAGCAAUGAGUACUAAAGUCCUUAAUGACGAGUGCAAGAAUUCUUCUGACGUGAAGAUAUCCUAUACACACUGCGAGAUUCAUCCAGCAUUAAUACUAGGAAUCUGUGCCUCAACUAUUCCGUUUCCUGAUCACAAUCAGAGUCCUCGUAACACCUACCAGAGUGCUAUGGGUAAGCAAGCGAUGGGGAUCUAUGCAACAAAUUUCCUACUAAGAAUGGACACCUUGAGCAACAUUCUGUUCUAUCCUCAAAAACCUCUUGUAACAACAAAAAGUAUGGAAUACCUCAGGUUCAAGGAACUACCAUCUGGCCAGAAUGCUCUAGUUGCAAUUGCGUGCUAUUCUGGGUACAACCAGGAAGACAGUAUUAUCAUGAACCAAAGUGCUAUUGAUAGGGGUUUAUUCCGAAGCUUCUUCUACAGGACAUACACCGAUCAAGAGUCUAUGUCAAGGCCUGGAGUUAAUGAAGAGUUUUGUAAACCUAACAGGGGAAGUGUUUUAAGGAUGAAGAACCUGAACUAUAACAAACUGGAUGAAGAUGGACUUAUAAGUCCUGGAGUAAGGGUCACGGGGGAUGAUGUUCUUAUUGGAAAGAUAACGCCUAUACUGGAUCCUGAAAGAAGUACUAAAGAGGCGCCUGUAUAUGUUUAUAAGGACAGUAGCACUGCAAUGCGUAGGACAGAAACAGGAAUUGUCGACACGGUUAUUGUUACAAACAAGGAUGGUUAUAAGUUCUCUAAGGUCAAGAUAAGAUCGGGAAGAAUUCCUCAGAUGGGAGACAAAUUUGCAUCGAGACAUGCCCAGAAAGGAACUAUUGGAAUUACUUUGAGGCAAGAAGAUAUGCCAUUCACCUCGGAUGGAAUAGUUCCAGACAUAAUUAUAAACCCCCAUGCCAUUCCCAGUCGUAUGACUAUUGGACAUUUGAUUGAAUGCCUCCUUGGUAAGGUUAGUGCGAUGAGUGGAGAGGAAGGAGAUGCAACACCAUUCAGUGGAAUGAGUGUUAAUGAAAUAUCCACGAGACUGAAAUCUUACGGUUUUCAGCAAAGAGGAUUAGAAGUUAUGUAUAAUGGGAUGACUGGGAGAAAGCUUAGAGCCCAGAUAUUCUUUGGACCUACAUAUUACCAAAGGCUCAAGCAUAUGGUUGAUGAUAAGAUACAUGCUAGAGCACGCGGGCCUCUUCAGAUACUUACCAGACAGCCUGUUGAGGGGAGAUCCAGAGAUGGAGGGCUUCGAUUUGGAGAAAUGGAAAGGGACUGCAUAAUUUCUCAUGGCGCCUCGGCCUUUCUAAAAGAGAGAUUGAUGGAUGUGAGUGAUGCAUAUUCCUGUUACGUUUGUAAUCUUUGUGGACUUCUUGCAAUGGGAGGAACCAAGGUGAAUGAGUGUAAGGGCUGUAACAACACCACGAAUGUUAGCAUGGUUGAGAUUCCAUAUGCCUUCAAGCUCUUGAUUCAAGAACUUAUGGGAAUGAACAUUGCACCUCGAAUUCGCUUUGAAGAAUAA